AUGAUACCCCUGGGGAAUCAGAUUGGUCAUCGCAUGUCCCUACUCGUCGCUGCCGGCAUCGCUACAACCGGUCUUGUCACCCAAGCUGCCUCGUACAGCCUGCCGCAACUGGUCGACAGGCGGGUGAUAUCCGGAAUCGGGACGGAGGCGGGGAAGAACGUGGUUGUUAUUGGUGUUUCUAUAGCGAGUGGAAUUGUGGCGGCGGGCUGGGUGAAUGUGGGGUUCUCUUUCGUUGAGGGGGAGGAGGUUGCUUGGAGGUUGCCGCUGGCAUUACCGGUUGUGUCCAGUGUUUUGUUAAUGGGGUUUAGUAUGUGUUUUUCGGAGUCGCCGCAGUGGUUUGUCGUGAUCACAACGGUGAUAGAUAAUAUCUCCAGGACGUUCCAGCAAGCAUCUGGCGCGGAACGAGGUUUUCUUGACCUGCUCAAGCCGUCACCAGAGCGUCUUUUCCAGCGCCUCUGUCUAGUCAUCGGAAUCAAUGUCGCCGCACAGAUGACCGGCGCAAACGUCAUCUCCCACUACGGCAAAACCAUCUUUAAAGAAUUCCUCAAUCUCGAGGACACAAAGGCCUUCUUCCUAAAUGCCGGCGUGCUAACCUGGAAAAUCCUCGCCGCCGUAUCCGCCUACCUCAACGUCGACCGCUUCAGCCGCAAGCCACUAUUCAUAGCGUCAGUCUAG